AUUGUCAUCCAAGCCAGGGGUGGUGGUAGCGAGCUACAGUUAGCUGAGUUUGCACUUCGUGGGUGUGGCCCAAUUGGUUUCGACAUCACCUCACCCGGCGUGAACGAGAGCGGCUGAGCUACAUGGUACUUCGACUAGGCAGCUAGUGUUGUGGUUUUGCUGUUCCAAAGGAAGAGCUAUUCAUUUAUCUCAUCGUUGAGUCAGACUAAACUACCAUGGCUCUUUACGAAUGUGUCACUCAGGAGCAGCUUUCGGGCUUCGACAAAUACAAGUACAGCGCAGUGGACUCGAAUCCCCUGUCUGUCUACAUCAUGCACCCUUUCUGGAACUUUGUGGUGAAGUUUCUGCCAACAUGGUUGGCUCCAAACCUCAUUACAUUCACAGGCUUUAUGUUCCUUGUGUUGAACUUCCUUAUGCUGGCCUUCUACGACUUUGACUUCAACGCCUCUGCUGCAGGACAUGAACACGUGCCUAGUUGGGUCUGGGUUGCUGCAGGGAUCUUCAACUUCUUGGCCUAUACACUCGAUGGUGUGGAUGGUAAACAGGCGCGUCGCACCAACUCCUCCACACCACUAGGGGAGCUUUUUGACCACGGCCUGGACAGCUGGGCCUGCAUCUUCUUUGUGGCCACCGUAUACUCCAUAUUUGGGCGUGGUGAGAGUGGUGUGGGUGUGGCCACACUGUAUUACAUCCUGUGGGUGGUGCUGUUCUCCUUCAUCCUGUCUCACUGGGAGAAAUACAACACUGGCAUCUUGUUUCUGCCCUGGGGAUACGACAUCAGCCAAGUGACCAUCUCCCUUGUUUACUUAGUCACUGCUGUCGUCGGUGUCGAAACAUGGUACCAGCCAAUCCUGUUGCACUUCCUCUAUAGAGACCUUUUCACCUUUAUGAUCAUUGCCUGUUCCUUCACUGUGACCUUACCCAUGAGCCUCUACAAUGUCAUGAAGGCUUACCGCAGUAACACUCUGAAGCACAGCAGCCUGUAUGAAGCUUUCCUGCCCUUCCUUUCUCCCGUCCUCCUCUUCAUUUUGUCCACCAGUUGGGUGGUGUACUCUCCAUCCAACAUCCUCGAGCUGCAGCCCAGGAUCUUCUACCUCAUGGUGGGAACCGCAUUCGCUAAUGUCACGUGUAAGCUGAUUGUGUGUCAGAUGAGUAACACACGCUGCCAGGCGCUGAGCUGGCUGUUGCUGCCCAUGUCGGUGGUGGUGUUGUUAGCAGUCACAGGGGUGGUCACCAAUGAGAUACUACUGCUGUAUCUGUGGACAGCCGCUGUCAUACUAGCACACAUACAUUACGGCGUAUCAGUGGUACAACAGCUCAGCAACCACUUCAACAUUUUCGCCUUCUCCCUGAAGAAGCCCAACAGUGACUGACAGGAGGAGGAACAAAUCCACUUGAAAGGAGCAGAGGUUUAAGCUCCUCCCCUUCUCUACUCUAAUGACACUUCACUCUUAUCCCCAUGGAAACCGCAUCCCCUCCCCUCCAUCCAUGAGGAUGCCGCAAGUGGAAUGGACUAUGGCACUUUUUGCCACAUUCUCUAAAAACACAUAAAGAUACAACGUGCACACACAUUCCUAACCAACCAACCAAACUCCAGUCUCAGCGAUGGGGCGGGCCCAGGGGCUCUGGCUUCCAUCAUUGGUGAUUGGCUAACUUGGUUGAGCCAAUGAGGUGCUUGUUUCCUACGGAAAUGUGCUUCAGUCGUGAGGACAGGAGCCCAGACGAGCCAUGCAAACACGCAAACAUACAUGGAACACAGAAUAUUCUGCUUUCAUGCAGAUAAUUUAUAUCUUGUGGCAGGUAUUUCAAUACAAACAAGCCACGCACACAAACACACACAAACAGUUGCACUCACAUAGUAUUAUGAAUGUAUAAUAUAUCUUGGGGAAAUGUCAUUUCAGUUUAUUGCAUUAACGGGAAUGCCUAAAGUAGUGCUGUUUGACCAAACCUCUGGACUCUGGCUACAUGUGGCUCAUACUGUACAUCCACAGCUGUGCCCAGAGUUUAAAGGUUCAGUCACCUUUUUAUCAUCGGAUGAUUUUCAGUUGGAAACCUUGGUGAU